GCCGGCCCCCCCACCCUCCACCCCGUGCGAGUGUCGGCGGCGGCGGCGGCGGCGGCGGCUGCCGAGAUUGGAAUCCGCCUGCUGGCGCUCGACGGAGGAGGAGGGAGGAGGGCGGGGAGAGCGAGCAGGAAGGCUCGGACUUCGGGGCGUCCGUCCGCGCGAGACGAGGAUCGCACGGCCGCGCGAGGGGCGACCGGGCCGGGGCCGCUGCACGCCGAGGGCGGAGGCCGAGCCGGGCCCCCGCCGCGCCCCGGCGGCUCGCCGCGCCCACCCCGCUCCGCGCCGAGGGCUGGACGAUGAGUUCCCCGGGGGCCGGAUUUAUGAAAAUAUGCAUCAGUUUAAUACUGUCUUGGAAUUCAUGAGAUGGAAGCAUAGGUCAAAGCAGUUUGGAGAAAACUGGAAGUACAGUUUUAUCUAGCCACAUCUCUGAGACUUUCCAGAAGACCUCAUUAUGAAUGUGUCACCCACCACAGAUUCUCACAGCAUAGCCUCCCAAGGCAGACAUUUUGGAAUCAAGAGAAAGCAGUGGAAGUUGAAGUCAUUGUCAAGUGAUUGAGACCUUUUGCAAGAAAAUCAUUUGGAUAAAAGUCAUUUAAAUAGUGACAUAACAGCACCAGUUAUUAGAGGUGACAGUAUAUAGGAAACAUUAAAAUUGAACAAUGACUCAGCUGUAUAUUUACAUCAAAUUAUUGGGAGCCUAUCUGUUCAUCAUUUCUUAUUAUGUUCAAGGGCAGAAUCUAGACAGUAUGCUCCACGGUACUGGGAUGAAAUCAGACUCUGACCAGAAAAAAUCAGAAAAUGGAGUAACCUUAGCACCAGAGGAUACUUUGCCUUUUUUAAAGUGCUAUUGCUCAGGACACUGCCCAGAUGAUGCUAUUAAUAACACAUGCAUAACUAAUGGGCAUUGCUUUGCCAUCAUAGAAGAAGAUGACCAGGGAGAAACCACAUUAGCUUCAGGAUGUAUGAAAUAUGAAGGAUCUGACUUUCAGUGCAAGGAUUCACCAAAAGCCCAGCUACGCCGGACGAUAGAAUGUUGUCGGACCAAUUUAUGUAACCAGUAUUUACAACCUACACUGCCCCCUGUUGUCAUAGGUCCAUUUUUUGAUGGCAGCAUUCGGUGGCUGGUUGUGCUCAUUUCUAUGGCUGUCUGCAUAAUUGCGAUGAUCAUCUUCUCCAGCUGCUUUUGUUACAAACAUUAUUGCAAGAGCAUCUCAAGCAGACGUCGUUAUAAUCGUGAUUUGGAACAAGAUGAAGCAUUUAUUCCAGUUGGAGAAUCAUUAAAAGACCUUAUUGACCAGUCACAGAGUUCUGGUAGUGGAUCUGGGCUACCUUUAUUGGUUCAGCGAACUAUUGCCAAACAGAUUCAGAUGGUUCGGCAAGUUGGUAAAGGCCGGUACGGAGAAGUGUGGAUGGGCAAAUGGCGUGGUGAAAAGGUGGCAGUCAAAGUGUUUUUUACCACCGAAGAAGCUAGCUGGUUUCGAGAAACGGAAAUCUAUCAGACUGUGCUGAUGCGCCAUGAAAACAUACUUGGUUUCAUAGCAGCAGACAUUAAAGGUACAGGUUCCUGGACUCAGCUCUAUUUGAUUACUGAUUACCAUGAAAAUGGAUCCCUCUAUGAUUUCCUGAAAUGUGCUACACUAGACACCAGAGCCCUGCUCAAGCUGGCUUAUUCGGCUGCCUGUGGUCUGUGCCAUCUCCACACAGAAAUUUAUGGCACCCAAGGAAAGCCUGCAAUAGCUCAUCGAGACCUAAAAAGCAAAAACAUCCUCAUUAAGAGAAAUGGAAGUUGCUGUAUCGCUGACCUGGGCCUUGCUGUCAAAUUCAACAGCGACACAAAUGAAGUUGACGUACCCUUGAAUACCAGGGUGGGUACCAAACGCUACAUGGCUCCGGAAGUGCUAGAUGAGAGCUUGAAUAAAAACCAUUUCCAGCCCUACAUAAUGGCCGACAUCUAUAGCUUUGGCCUGAUUAUUUGGGAAAUGGCUCGUCGUUGUAUCACAGGAGGGAUAGUAGAAGAGUACCAGUUGCCAUAUUACAAUAUGGUGCCCAAUGAUCCAUCAUACGAAGAUAUGCGUGAGGUUGUGUGUGUCAAACGUUUGCGGCCAAUUGUGUCCAAUCGGUGGAACAGUGAUGAAUGUCUACGAGCAGUUCUGAAGCUCAUGUCAGAAUGCUGGGCCCACAAUCCAGCCUCCAGACUUACAGCUCUGAGAAUCAAGAAGACCCUUGCCAAGAUGGUUGAAUCCCAAGAUGUAAAGAUUUGACAGCGAAACAAUCAUGAGGAGAAAUUCUAGAUUGCAAGAACUGUUUUCACCCGAGGAACGGGUGGAAUUAGAGUAGAAUAAGGAUGCUAACUUGGUUCUCAGACUCUUCCCUCACUACACCUUCACAGGCUGCUAAUAUUAAACCUUUCAGUACUCUGUAGAAUAACAAGCUGGGAACUUCUAAACACUUCGUUCUUUAUAUAUGGACAGCUUUAUUUUAAAAUUGUGGUUUUUGAUGCCUUUUUUUUUUAUUGGGUUUUUAUGAACUGCAUCAAGGCUUCGAUCCUGAUUAUUAAUGUCUCCAGUUAAACUCUGGGUACUGAAUUUCCUGUUCAUAAAAUGGUGCUUUCUGUGAAAGCCUUAAGAAGAUAAAUGAAUUCAGCAGAGAUGGAGAAAUACACAUUUUUGCCUUCUACCUGAGGAAAAUUAAUCUGUUUGUGUUCUGCCUUUGUAAACAGCCUAUGGAUUAUGAUCUGUUCGGGGUACUACUUAGUUUAUGAUAGUUUGUCAUGCUUUGAUAUUGUUGGUGUGUGUAUGAGCACACAUGCACACACCAGGAUUCCUCUGCUGCCGUUUGAAUUAGAAGAAAAUAAUUUGUGAAUGCACAGGAAGAUGUUGGUGGCUGUUGGUUUUGUGCUUUAAAAAAUGCAUUAUCUGACCAAGAUUCUCCAAUCACAUAAAAGCCAUUUAUUUACCUUGCAAGUGAGCUAGCUUCUCUGCCAACUUGAUAUUUUAACAUAAAGGCCAAAAGAAGUUCAAAGUGUCUGUAAAUUUGGACUGCUUUCCUUUCAUCGCCAUCUUUUUCUUCCUUCUUUCCUUCCGCUCUUCUCCCCUCUCCUCUCCCCCCACCUCCCUUCCUCCCUUCCUUCUCUUUCUUUUUCUUUUUGGUAAUUCUUUCUUUUGUCAUGAAAAGCAUCUUAUCCAAAGUUGGAACUUCCGAUGCCAUGAACCUUCUAAAGAAAACACUUCUUAUUGAAGUGAAUUACUAAUUACUGCAUUUGAUAGCAAUGUAAGUGCCUAUAAUCGUGUUCUAUAUUCUUUAUUCUCAGUAACUUUUAAAAGGGAAGUUAUUUAUAUUUUGUGUGUAAUAUGCUUUAUUUGCAAAACACCUUCUUUACAACCCAUAUUUUAUAUAUGUACACACAUUGAUACUGUAGAAACCGGCUCUCAUGUGUACCUCAUAUCCCAUUCUUAAGGGAAGAAAAUGAAAAGAUCAUCAGAAAAAAAUGUUAUAAAGUAUAAGUACUUACAAAUUGUCAGAAUUAAUGCAUUCAGAGGAGUAUAUCAAAUCUGGGCUCAGGCAUAUACUUUCAUUAGAUGUCAUCAUCUCAAUUUUUCUUUAUGAAAGGAUCCUCCAGUUAGAAAUUUCUAUAUCAGAGCUGAUAUAAACUUAUCAACAGCUGUUUGGGGCAUUUAAAUCAUUUGAAAUUUUUGGUUUUAUGAUUUCUGUUCCAUAACUUGUGAAGACAAUGAAGAGUCAGGCAAAAAAGUUCAGUAUCUAUUCAUUACCUGUAUUUAUACCAUAUAGCUGUUAUUCAAUAAAAUGCUACAUAUUUUAUGGAUGCCACGUUAUCCCAAGGAAUAAUUCUGAUUUACUUAAACUUACACUUCUCCAAUGCCUUCUAAAUAUUGUCUUAUCCUGAGCGAAGAACUCAUAGGUACAUAAAGUGAAGCAGUUUUCUUUGAAUGUAACAUAAAAUAAAUGUGAUUAUAUCACAACAUAGUUAAAAAUCUUUAAAGGGGAGGAAUCAGAGUGUGUACCAUCCAUUACCAAAAGCCUGACUGGCAUUUAAGGAUGAAACUCUUAACGGUAUUUACAAAUCAGACUUCACAGUUUUGAAAUCUGCUUUCAUGGUCUUUGACUAAGUUUAGUAAUUUUCAUCUAACAUAAUUAAAGUUUGAUGUGUUGAGGAAAAUAAGUAAAUGUAGAUAUUGAUAGUACCCAAUAACGUGUUCUUUCAGAAUUUCCUCCCUUAUAUUGAGAGAGAGUCUAAUCCAUGUUGCUUUGUGAUUUAAGAACACUUCUGAGCUCUGAUCUUAAUCUAAGGUUUAUCUUGCUUUAUUUUUUAUUGGCCAAAUUAUAAGUCCUGAACAUUAUUUGUCAACUUAAUAGCAAAGAACAUAUGUAAAGAAAGGCAAACUCUGUUCUUAGAAAUGUUGAAGUAGUAUGUGGAAGCAAUUACAUAUGCUCUUCUUGAGUUCAGAGCAAAAAUGUAAUACAACUUUUAAAAAGAAUCCUGUAUCUCUUAAACUGGCUCAAGAUCAAAUUUGAUAAUAACUUAUUCCAGGCAAGAUUUUAUAAAUUAAAUCACUUGUGUUUCUUCUCAUACAUGUUGUCUUUCUACUGCAGAACGAAAUAAUCUCAACAGAAAUACUAAUAGAUUUUUUAUAAAAAAAAAAAAAGAUUGUUGCAGCUCUUACACUGUUUAAAGGGGUACUAUUUAUUUGCGUGGGUCAGGUGUUAAAAUAGGGUGGUAGUUCAUUCAUCAUCUUGCCUCAGUGCUAUUAUGAGAGUCACUGUGAAAACUGCAAAGAACCGACAUGUUCAGGAAGACCGAAUUAAAUCUCGGGCAGCAGCAUACAAAGCCACAUGUAAUGAUCGUCCCAUAAGGAAAGUAUGUGAAUACUGCUUUGCAAAGGAUUAAAUAUUGUAAUUUUAGCUCGUGCUCUGUACUAUGCUUCCAGUGGAAUUAUUUAAGCCCUUUUAGUGACCAUUGUCCUUGCCCAUUUAAAAACUAAAAUGUAGUAUAUAUUGUAUAAAAUGAAAAUAUCAUUAUAGCUUAAUUAGGGAAGUUGUACAUAGACAUUGAAAGAAGGGUUAAAAACAGUUUUAUUAUGCAAUUGUAAAACACCAAAAAUACAGAUUCAUCUUUGAUAUGUAACACACUAAAUGUAUUUUGUACAGCAUCUGGUUUAAAAGGUGCCUUAUUAAGUUUACCAUUAAUUGCUUUGUUCUAUAUAUAGAUUACAUCCAAUGUAUCAUUUUUAAGUAAAUAACCUUAUUUUAGUAUA